UUUUUUUUUAAUUUCUUACAGCCUUCCGUUUUGUAACAGGAAGUAGUCCAAGCAUACCAUGUGACGUUGUAGAUGACUGUAUUGGACUUAUGCAGGGAAUUAUAUAUCACAGUAAUGACAUGCAGGUAGAAACUAAAACUGUCAUCUUCUACGUGUCUCUGGCUAUGUAUUGGAUAAGUAUGAUACAGAAGGACACAGAACUUGGAAAAGCUUUAGUUGUCAUCCUGAAUCACUUGAAGGUAGACAUAAAGCUUAGUGGAAAAGGAGUAGUCCAACAAUGGCUGGGAUUAAUUCAUCCUUCAAGUUUAACUCCUUACCUUGUUCCAUCUACCACAGCUUUAUUGACUGUUAGCACAGCUUGCCACUCCAGCCAGAGAGGUCAGUUGGAACAUGCCUUAUCAGCAUUAAAUACUCUUCAGUCCUCCAUUUGGCCCUCCUUUGUGACAUAUUUUAAAGGCUAUUUACACUUCCUAUUACAACAGUAUAAUGAAGGUUUGAACAGUGUUUUGAGGUUCUGGGAGUCUCAGAAUAAACAUCUUGAUAACAAUGUGAAGGCCAGAUUCUGCAAUUUGAUUGGUUGUUUCUUAGAGGAACAGAAAAAGCCAUCUCUAGCUUGGUUCCAGCAGUCACUGAAUGAAGAUUACUCCUUUUUUGUAAGUAUAUGGAAUGUUGCUACAUAUUUCAGAAAACUUGGAAAUCAGAAAGCAGAGAUAAAAGCACUGGAGCUCUUAGUGAAGUCAACAGUAAAUCAAAACCUGUAUGAGAACAGUUACCACAAACUUGAAGGACCAAAUGGGACAGGGCUUUGGCUGCUUUCUUCAGCACCAGAAGUUAGUCAUCUACAGGCUGUUUAUGCUCUUGCUAGACGCUUAUUGGAGAUUGGAAUGUAUCCUCAGAUUUCAACAUGGUACAGCAGGAUCUUACAUUACCUUCACAUUGAUAGGAUAAGCCAGAUUACUCCACCACAAGAAAAAUAUCCUGCUUCUGUUGGAGUUGUUCAUAUUGAAGCUUGCUAUGCACUGAUGCAUUCAGGGUAUUUUCAGAAAUGCAUGGAUGCAUGUGAUUAUAUCCUGACUAUCUUAACGGGUGAGCAAGUAAUGAAAAUGUCUUUUGAAUAUGUGUCAAGGGAACAUAAAAAUACAAAGUUCACUUCCAAUUCAGAGAACUCUGUAGAAACAGCACCUUCAACUAGCUGCGAAGCACAAGUAUCUUGUCCUAGGUCAUUGUCACAGCAAAUUGAAGCUAUAUCUAGAAGUAAUAAAAUUGAAGAAAAAAGCUUCAUUAGUUGUGGAAUUAAAAGAAAUCGACCUCUCAGUGGUGAAGAUGUUUUGGAAGAAGAACUUAAAAUCUCUAGCUGUGCCUCUUGUGAAGUGGUUCGGACAAAUCUUCCAUUUGGAAGUGUUCUGUUUGCAGUUAAAGCUGCAGCUUAUCAUCAUUUGGAAGAGACAGAAGCAGCAUUGGAAGCUCUAAGAAAAGCUCAACAAUUUAUGGAAUCAAGGUCUAUUUCAUUGAUCUCAAAUUUUAAUAAAAAAGAUGAGCAACAAAAAAGACACUUGAGUGCUCCUUGGAAAGUGAUUGGAAAGUCAGGGAAAAUGGAAUUGAGGACAGAAAAUUGGGAUGGGUUAAAUGAACCAUCUGCUAAACGGCCACGACUCUUUCUGAGCACAGAACAUACAAAAACGAAAAUUGAGGAACGAGAAAACAGUGCAACUGUCGAGUUUUCAAAAGAAUCCAAACUUGAUAUCUUCAAGUCUCAGCUUUACAAUAAUCAAGCAGUCUUAAGAAUAAAGAAUAAACAGUUGAAAGAUGCUUUAGUUCUUCUUAAAUUAGCCUUGACAAUAUGGCAAGGAAAUGUGGAUGCCAUCUAUAAUUUGACUCUUCUUCAGUUGCAACUUGGAUGGAAACAACAAGCCCAGCAGACAUGGAAGAAAGGAAGACUUCACUAUGAGUCAAAAUAUGAUGAUUCAAAAAUAUAUGGAUACCUGUCAAUAACAAAAGAACAAAUCAUAAAACUUGACACAGUUCUAGAAAGUUAAUACUGCCUAAAUAUGUUUGUAAGUUAUGAUUGAGGUUAUAAAACGGUUAGUUAUGCAACAAUGUGUGUGUGACUAGUUUAUAGGUACUUAAAUGCUGGUUGUUGUAAAUGGGUAAUAAUGUUCAUGUCUUUACAUUUUGCAUCUUGAAAAAUUAGUUUUGCUAGCAAUUAGUUUUGAUCUCUCCUCAUGAUAUAAACAUGUAAUUGUUUAGCAUUCAGCUAUAUUAGUAUUUUACAGGUCAGUAGGACUGAGAACAUGUAGGAAAUAUUUGGUCACAUACAAGAAGUGUUAGGGUUUUUAUAGGUGAUAUUUUUAUGAUACAUAGA